UGCUAAUGAAAGCGACUAUGGAAGGAGGAGAAGGUUCAGGUCUUAAAUCUCAUCUGAUCAGGACCCAAGAAAGAAGCCAUGAUCUGGAAGAUGAUCAACAAGAAGAAACAUCAGGAAAAGAUUGUUGCAGAGCAAAUAUUGUUGAAGAAACAAAACUGCAGCUACGGCUUGCGGGGCCUCUUAUAACGGUUAGUUUGUUGCAGUACAGCUUACAAGUGAUAUCAGUCAUGUUCAACGGUCAUCUUGGAGAGCUGCCUCUUUCCGGUGCUUCCAUGGGCUCUUCCUUUGCUUCUGUCACUGGUUUCGCUGUCCUGCUAGGAAUGGGAAGCGCACUGGAGACGCUAUGCGGGCAAGCCUAUGGAGCAAAACAGUACCACAUGCUUGGAGUUCACACCCAGCGAGCAAUGCUGACCCUCCUGACCCUGAGCUUUCCUCUAUCACUAAUCUGGUAUUAUACCACCACCAUUCUCAUAGCUCUAGGCCAAGACCAUGAAAUAUCUACUGAAGCUGGAGUUUUUAAUUGCUGGAUGAUCCCAAGCCUUUUUGCCUUUGCCCUCCUUCAAUGCCUCAACAGAUUUUUGCAGACCCAAAACAAUGUUAUUCCUAUGCUGAUAACCUCUGGAAUCACAGCUCUGCUGCAUCUUCUUGUUUGCUGGGUUCUUGUGUUCAGAAUCGGGCUUGGGAUAAAAGGAUCUGCCUUGGCAAUCACCAUUUCCAAUUGGGUUAAUGUGGUUUUGUUGGGAAUUUAUGUGAAAGUUUCUCCAGCUUGCAUGAAAACUUGGACUGGUUUUUCAAAAGAAGCCUUGCAUGAUAUUCUCAGCUUUAUAAAGCUCGCUGUUCCUUCAGCAAUCAUGAUAUGCUUAAUUUUGAUUGACAGCUUCGAGUAUUGGUCCUUUGAAAUGGUUGUUCUCUUAUCCGGUCUUCUCCCAAAUCCAAAACUAGAGACAUCGGUGUUAUCAAUAAGCCUUAACACAUGUUGGAUGGUUUAUACGAUCUCUGUUGGACUCGGUGGUGCUAUAAGUACAAGAGUGUCAAAUGAAUUGGGCGCUGGGUGCCCAAAUGGUGCACGCUUGGCUCUUUCUGUCAUGAUCACAAUUGCCAUCUCAGGGGGUGCAGCUGUAGGGAUUACUACAAUUAUGGUGCGCAAUGUUUGGGGAAAGCUGUAUAGCAACGAAGAAGAAGUGGUCAGAUAUGUUGCUAAAAUGAUGCCACUGCUUGCACUAUCAGACUUCUUGGAUGGAUUCCAAUGUGUACUUUCAGGGGCUGCUAGAGGAUGUGGGUGGCAAAAUCUAUGUGCAUUUAUAAAUCUUGGCGCUUACUAUGUUGUGGGAAUACCUUCUGCUCUGCUCUUUGCUUUCACCUUUCAUUUUGGUGGCACAGGGCUUUGGAUGGGAAUCAUAUGUGGACUUUCUGUUCAAGUUAUGGCGCUUGUUAUAGUAAACGUAUGCACUGAUUGGAAUCAUGAGGCAAUGAAAGCUGUGCGUGGUAUUCAGAAAAUCAAAAUUAUUAAUGUGGAACAAUAGAUUUGGUUUUCCCAACAAACCAUGAAAACAAAUUGAUGAUAGAUAUAAUUUUCUUUUCCAGGAAAGAAAAAAUUAUGCACUUCUGGUAGAAAAUAAAAGUUUGAUGUAUAUAUGAUAGCUCUCAUUAUAAGGUCGAAAACUGUCA